AUGUCUUCAGAGAACAGCAAUACAGUAUCAGAAUUUGUCUUCUUGGGAUAUCCAGAUCAGCCAGAAUGGAAGAUUCCCAUUUUCUCGUUGUUCCUACUGAUCUACGUUAUCACUGUGGUGGGCAACCUUGGAAUGAUUUUACUGAUCUGGUUAGACACUCAGCUUCAUACCCCCAUGUACUUUUUCCUCAGUAAUUUGGCCCUCCUAGAUUUUUGCUAUGCAUCUAACAUCACCCCCAGAGCACUGGGAAAUCUUCUGUCACACAGGAAAGCCAUUUCCUUCCUGGGGUGCUUCCUCCAAAUGUAUUUCUUUGUUGCUCUUGUAACGACGGAAUGCAUCCUUUUUGGGCUGAUGGCCUACGACCGUUACGUGGCCAUCUGCAACCCGUUGCUCUAUCCAUCUGUCAUGUCCCAUGCCCAGUGCAUCAAGAUGGCAGGUGGGGCCUUCACAGCUGGCUUCCUGAACUCGCUUAUCCAUACCACUUUGGUGGGCACUUUGUCUUUCUGCAAGUCCAAUGAAAUCAACCACUUCUUCUGUUGA